AUGAAACCUUGGAAGAUUGAGUUACCCAAAGUUGGCAGCUUCACCAUCAGGCCGAUUGGAGUCAUACAGAAUGACUUGUACGUUUAUUACCGCGAAGGUAACAGUAUCGUAAUCUGGUCGGUCAAUUUGUUCCUUCCGAAUUCGUGGAGGCGACGAUGGGCAUUGCCAUUCGAAGAGAUCGUAUAUUCGUAUUUUACUACGCAUCCUGAUGGAACUAUCCACAUAUUCUUCACGGGAUGCAUUGUACGUUACUGUAGCUAAUAUAUUAAUUUGUAUAUCUUACAUAGUUAAUCCUUAAUUUGUAGAACAAUAAGGACGAGCUGGUUAUUGAAGUUUUGAAAUUUGAUGUUAAUCAAGGUGAGUAUACACGAUACAAGUCAUCUGAUGCCAUUGAUGUUAUGCAGUUAAUGGAGAUGUAUGACCUACACCCAGAAACCGAUCGUCUCUGUGCGGGCGCUAAGGACCUGUUUAUUUAUGACAGAGGAAUGAUUCAAGGAGCGACUCCGCUACUUAGAAUAGUACUCGACCAUGAAAAGGUAACAAUUUUAUUAGAGUAGUGAAUAUGUAGUACCUUCUGAUUACAGAAUCGACUUUCAGAAAACAUUCAGUGGUGUUCGAGAAACGGUACCUGCUGACAAUAGUACUGAUGUUUUCACAUUGUUUGGCGGUUUCAUAGAUCCUGACAAUCGAAGAAUUAUCAAGUUAUCAGACGCAAACAAUGUUCACAUAUACGACAACCAGGCCAGAGAAUGGCUGGUGUACCAGCAAGACACAGACAACUCUGAUUUCAACUUGAAGGCAGUGGGCGCCGACUACAAAAGGAUCGGCGUUACCUACAACGAGAGACAUCUACGGACAGCUAUGGUACAAUCACCGAUCAGCUUGAUCACAGGUUACUCCAACUGUAUUUUUAUGUACAAGGCCAACAACAAAGCCUACUUUUUCAGAUUGAUCACUAAUCCAGAAGCUAGGACCUUCACGUAGGUUACAGUGUCAAAAACAUGGUGCAUUUCCCAUUUUCAGAUUGAAGAAGGUAGGGAAAGUAGAUUCCCUUAUUAUUCAAUCGUUCAACUUCUGCACUGAAGAUGCUGUGAUCACAUUGGGCCGACCUGCGUAUGUAAUAUGGCUACGAUCACUCACUCUCAAAGAGAUGGCCUACUACAAAUCUCAAGAGUUAUGCGACAAACCGACCAGCGACGAACCAAUUAGGAAAAAAUGUAAAAUAAAACAUUCGGAUCCCUUGAUCUGA